CGUGAACUUGGGCGUCUGAAAAUACUUUAGUUUGACAUAUGAACGAAAGAAACAUGUAGUUUUUUUAUAAUGUUGAAUAUUGCUGGCGAAUUUAUAUUUUUUUCUAGUUUAAUAGCGUGAAUAUUUAGAUGGUUUUCAAAAUGGAUUCCGGAGGCAGUGACAGGAGGCUGGGUGACCAGCGUGACCCACAUUGGUACAUUGACUCCGCUUACGCAUCUUCUCUGAAGGUCUCCCUUCGUCUUCCCACAAAGCAGUUUUUAGAAGACUUUUUUCAACCAUUCCACCGUCCAAGUGACAUAAGGCUUCACAUUAUGGCCGAAGUAAAGAUGCCGAGCGGCCACGUAGACAAGCCUGUCAUCGAGGACAACAGAGACGGAACGGUCAGCAUAAAGUACGAGCCCAGGGAGGAGGGUAUCCACGAGCUAUUCGUCAAAUACAAUGGCGAGCAUGUACAAGGUUCCCCUUACAAGUUCACCGUGGACUCCUUGUCGUCUGGCUACGUCACAGCCUACGGGCCUGGCCUCACCAGCGGCGUCAGCGGGGAGCCGAGUCUUUUCACCAUCAGCACCAAGGGUGCCGGUGCUGGCGGUCUGUCUAUGGCCGUCGAGGGCCCUAGCAAAGCUGAGAUCACAUGCCACGACAACAAAGAUGGCACAGUUGCCGUGUCGUACUUGCCCACAGCACCUGGAGAGUACAAAGUGUCCAUCAGGUUCGGGGACAAACACAUCAGGGGAUCACCGUUUCUUGCUAAGGUGACGGGCGAAGGUCGCAAGAGGAACCAGAUCUCAGUUGGCAGCUGCAGCGAAGUCACUCUUCCAGGCAAAGCCAGUGAUAAUGAAAUUCGCAGCUUGAACGCCACCAUUCAGGCCCCGUCAGGACUCGAAGAGCCCUGUUUCCUGAAGAAAUUGCCUUCAGGCAAUAUCGGCAUCAGUUUCACACCGCGCGAGGCUGGACAGCACAUCGUGUCCGUAAAGAAGAUGGGUGUGCACAUCCAGAACUCACCCUUCAACAUCACCGUUCAGGAUCAGGAAGUUGGUGACGCUAAAAAAGUUAAGGUCUCCGGCUCAGCUUUGAAGGAGGGCAAGACACAUGGCGAUAACACAUUCACAGUUGACACCAGAAACGCUGGUUAUGGCGGUCUAUCACUUUCCAUUGAAGGUCCCAGCAAAGCUGAGAUCCAGUGCGCGGACAGCAAAGAUGGCGUCCUAGCUAUCAGCUACAAACCCACUGAACCAGGAUACUAUAUCGUCAACCUCAAAUUCGCUGACCAUCACGUCGAGGGAUCUCCAUUCACUGUCAAGGUGACUGGUGAAGGCAGCAACAGACAGAGAGAGAAGAUCCAAAGGCAGCGUGACCCUGCUCCUCUUACCGAAGUCGGGACCAACUGCAAGCUUACCUUCAAAAUGCCAGGGAUCACGUCGUUCGACCUGGCGGCGACAGUGACGUCCCCGGGCGGCGUGUCAGAGGACGCGGAGAUCCAGGAGGUGGAGGACGGGCUGUACUCCGUCCACUUCGUGCCCAAGGAGCUGGGUGUGCACACCGUCUCCGUCAAGUAUAGGGAGAUCCAUAUCCCUGGAUCUCCAUUCCAAUUCACUGUGGGCCCACUCAGAGACUCCGGUGCCCACUUGGUAAAGGCCGGCGGUACAGGCUUAGAGCGGGGUGAGGCGGGCCGCUUCAACGAGUUCAACGUGUGGACCCGAGAGGCGGGUGCUGGACAACUGGCCAUCUCGCUCGAGGGGCCCAGCAAGGCUGAGAUAGACUUCAAGGAUAGGAAGGACGGCUCCUGCGACGUGUCGUACAAGGUGGAUGAGCCUGGUGAAUACCGCAUUGGUUUGAAGUUCAACGAGCAGCACAUCCCGGACUCCCCGUUCAAGGUGUACAUCUCCCCAGCUGUGGGAGACGCCUACCUGCUGGAGGUAGCCCAAUUCCCGGACUCGGCGCAGGUGGACAAACCAGCGCAGUUCUACAUCCGUUUCAACGGAGCCAAGGGAGAACUUAAUUCUACGGUGAUAUCUCCUUCAGGCAAGACCGACGACUGCUUCAUCCAGAACAUCGACGGCGACCAGUACUCCAUCAGGUUCAUGCCCCACGAGAACGGAGUGCACAACAUCAACGUCAAGUUCAAUGGGGUGCACAUCCCCGCCUCGCCGCUCAGGAUCAAGGUCGGAAAAGAUGACGCCGAUCCAGCUGCUGUCCACGCCCACGGUCCAGGCUUGGGCGCCGUCAAAACUGGUGUCAAGACGGACCUGAUAAUUGACACAUGCAACGCUGGCGCCGGGAUCCUGGCGGUCACCAUGGACGGGCCUUCCAGGGUCGCCAUGGACUGCACGGAGGUCGAAGAAGGUUAUAAGGUUCGCUACACACCCCUUGCGCCCGGCUUCUACUACAUGAGUGUGAAAUACAAUGGUGCGCACAUCGUCGGCUCCCCCUUCAAGAUCGAGGCUACUGGUUCCAACCUCGCCGAGGUCGGUGCUCAGGAGACCUCCUCAGUGACAGUGGAGACGGUGCAGAAGGUGUCCAAGCAGGGCCAGAAGCAGGGCCCGGUGCUGCCACACUUCAAGUCUGACGCCAGCAAGGUGGUCUCCAAGGGCAUGGGCCUGAAGAAAGCGUACCUUAACAAGCACAAUCAGUUCACAGUCCACGCUGGUGAUGCCGGCAACAAUAUCCUAUACGUCGGCAUCUACGGUCCCAAGGGACCCUGCGACGAGGUCCAGUUGAAACACAAGGGCAAGAACAACUACGAAUGCUGGUACGUUGUCAGAGACAGGGGAGACUACAUCGUCAUCGUCAAGUGGGGUGACGAACACGUCCCCGGCUCCCCCUACAAGGUCGAAGUCUAAACUACCACUAUUAUUCAGUGUAACAGCUAAAUCAUCAUUGCAACAUCUUCAUCGCUACAUAUGUCCGUUCUUUUUUCCAUUUUUGAGUCGCGUGUUCUAUUAUUCUUUGCAUUGUUUAGUCGUAUUAAGUUAUCAAUCGUGCUCAUUAAAAUAGUUAUUAAUCUUUUAGAUUUAUCGAUAUUAUUUUUCUUUAUUCCUAAUAAGUGGUGAGCUAUGCAAAUCUAGUCAAUAUUAAAUUAUUCUACGCUGCCAUUGUAUUCUGUUGUAUCAGUAUCCCUCUUUCCAGGAUUGUGAAAAGGUUCCAAAAUUCCAAAUCGAUUGAUAAUGAUCUCUUUGCGUAUGAAAAUGACAUUGCGAACCUUCUCGCAAUUCAAUUUGUGUUUAACAUUCUAUAUUUUUUCUUGUUUCCUCGACUUCUUGAUUAUUUUGUGUAUUAUUUUUAGGCAUUUUGAUACCUGUAACAUGCGAGGCGAGAUCGGAGUCUAGUACCAUAUUAUUAUUGUUUUGAUAAAUCUUACUUAUAUGUUUCUCGUUUAGUAAUUAGGGCGACUAAAUGACAAUUCAUAUAAAGUACAUAUUGUUAUUUUAAAAUAUUCCCAUACUAUGUAAGUUAAAUUGAUUGCAAUUUAUUUCCAAAUCACUCCAGCAAUAUUAAGUGCACUGUCGUAUCCUUUCAUUUUCUUAAUAAGUAUCUCAACGCUUUUUUGAAUAAAAGUAUUUGUUAGAGUACUAAACGAAUUCUCUUCAUUUUUCUGGAGUUCUGGUGGUACUUGAGGCCGAUUUUCUGAUUUCAUUGAUGAGUUUCAGACAUAAUUAUAGAUUUUAAAUUCCAAUAGUGUUGAAAUUUAAUUUCAACUUGCUUGACAAAUUGGUUUAUUCGGAAUAGCUCUUUUUAAAGAUUUUUGUCAGAAAUCUGUCUUCGGUGACACCAAUGUAUAAUUUAUUUUGCUUAUAAGGAAAUAAGUUGCAAUUUAGAAUUUUUAUUAUCUUUGUAAGGUUAAUUAUGUAUCUUGCUUUCUAAUUUUUGUAUGGUUUGUGCUGGAUGAACUGUUUUACCUACGUAGGUAGAAUUACCCCCUAUAUUGUAAAUACCUAUCAUAAGUGUUUAAUAUAAUGUAUUUUGCGACUGUUAACUAAAUAAAAAAUGGAAGUUUGAGAAUUCUUUUAUUUCUACACUUGAUUCUUCUUAUUUUUUACUUAAAUUUAAUAGAAACUUAUUAUGAAUAUAAAAUACUUACUCCAGCGUGUGUGUAAUUUUACAAAGCAUCCAAAGAUUACUUUUUCAUCUCUGUUUUAUAUGAUAGCUAUGAUCUUUGAUGCUUUGCUUAAGCCGACCAAAAUAUUUAAGUGGAAUACAUAUCUAGCUACAAUAUGUUAUUUCUAGUAACUGGAUAAUUUCCUUUUUAUUUGUCAUGAAGUUGAAUUGCAUUGUAAGAUUCUAUAUAAGUGAAAUUAUAU